CGAUGUCAUCAAGGCGGCAGGUGGGAUGGUGGGGACUUUUCGGAGCGAUUGGCAGAAAGCGCUGAGUCGACGUUCAGAUUUACCACAACCACAACCACAUUGCACUACAUUUGGGCUUUUUCACUCAAAAGGGGUCAGCAGCCAUCAUGGUCCAGGUGAAGCAAAAAGUCGCCCUCAUAUGCAUUGACGGGUGGGGCAUUCCCUCCGAGAGCUCGGCUCCAGAGGGAAACGCGAUUCUGAAUGCAGAGACACCAUGGAUGGACGAGUUCGCUAAAGAGGGCAGCAAGGAAGCUCAAGGAUAUACAGAGCUAGAGGCCUCGUCGUUGGCUGUCGGACUGCCCGAAGGGUUGAUGGGAAACAGUGAAGUCGGACACUUGAACAUUGGUGCGGGCAGAGUCGUAUGGCAGGAUGUCGUGCGCAUCGACCAGACAAUCAAGAAGGGCGAGAUGAACAAGGUGGAAAACAUUGUCAAGAGCUUUACACGUGCGAAGGAGGGCAAUGGCCGUCUGCACUUGUGCGGUCUUGUCAGUGACGGCGGUGUCCACUCACACAUCAACCAUCUGAAGUCUCUCCUGAAGGUCGCAAAGGAAAUUGGUGUGCCAAAGGUCUACAUACACUUCUUUGGCGAUGGGCGCGACACCGACCCCAAGAGCGGCAAGGGACAUUUGGAGGACCUGCUCGCUUUCCUCAAGGAAGAACAAAUCGGCAAGCUUGCAACCAUUGUCGGCCGCUACUACAUCAUGGACCGUGACAAGCGCUGGGACCGUGUCGAGAUUGGUCUCAAGGGUAUGGUAGAGGGCGAGGGCGAGGAGACUGAUGAUCCGGUCGCGACAUUCCAAAAACGUUAUGAUGCUGGCGAGAACGACGAAUUCUUGAAGCCAAUUAUCAUCAAUGGCAAAGCGGGUCGCAUCCAGGACGAUGACACAGUCUUCGUCUUCAACUACCGCUCAGAUCGCGUUCGCGAAUUCGUCCAGCUGCUCGGCGACCAGGACCGCUCACCAAAACCAGACUUCCCAUAUCCUAAGAACAUCAACAUCACGACAAUGACCCGAUACAAGACCGACUUCAAUUUGCCGAUUGCUUUCGCACCUCAAGUCAUGGACAACGUUCUGGCAGACUGGCUGAGCAAGAAGGGCUGCAAGCAGACGCACAUCGCAGAGACUGAGAAAUUCGCCCACGUCACGUUCUUCUUCAACGGCGGGCAAGAAGUUCAGUAUGAGAACGAGGAUCGGGAGCUCAUCGAUUCACCCAAGUCCGUCGCCACGUACGAUCAAGCACCAAAGAUGAGUGCGAUGGGCGUUGCUGAGCGCAUGGCCGAGAAGAUUGGCGAUGGCAAGUACGAAUUCGUCAUGAACAACUUUGCUCCUCCUGACAUGGUGGGCCACACCGGCGUUUAUGAUGCCGCAGUCAUUGGUUGUGCCGAGACUGACAAGGCUAUCGGUGUCGUGUAUGAGGCUUGCAAGAAACAUGGCUAUACCCUCUUUAUCACAGCUGAUCACGGAAACGCUGAGGAGAUGCUCACGGAGGAGAAGACUCCAAAGACUUCGCAUACCACGAAUAAAGUGCCUUUUGUCAUGGCCAAUGCGCCAGAAGGAUACUCCCUAAAGAAAGAAGACGGCGUCCUUGGUGAUGUUGCGCCAACAGUGCUCGACAUUAUGGGUCUUGACCAGCCCGAGGAGAUGACCGGCCACUCACUUCUUCAGCGGAAGCGCAAGGCUUAGACUUGUAAGUUCGACACCAGUCCAAGGGAAUUAGAGUCAUAAAGAGAUCAUGAAUAGAACAUCAUCUGUCUGUGCGAUUAGCAUAGGGCACCGCUGUCUCUGAGAAGUUGUAACCAUCUCUGCCAAUGAGCUUGACCUGAGGCAGGAUUUGCUUUGAGAUCUCUAGUGGAGGUAGAACCAUUGGCAGAGCUUCCUCCGAGAAGAUAGGGGAGUCUGUGCUAAUGACCUUGAGCCAGUACAGG